AAGGCUUCCUUUUGGCUCAUUUCUACCUUGCUCACACUUGAGUCCCAUUUCGUCUCCCGUAGCUGAGACAGUGCCUGUGUGCGGCCUGCGCUCGCGAGCGGAUUCGUAAUGGCUCUCAACAGCAUCAUUGCCACCAUGGAGGGCCCGGACCACGAGCUGUGGGCCGUGGUCAUCCGGAAUGGGUCCGUGGAGGUGGAGCCCUGGGCAAGCCUGGCGACGCUUGCGGCUGAUUCGCCUGCGGCUGGAGCCUUGGGCCGCAGCGCCUCCAGCCCCGUGUUGACGACCUGGGAGAAGCCGUGGGAGGAGCCGCUGGGGCUGGCGCUGCACCGCAAUGGAAGGUGCCUGCCAUGCCUCUUCUUCCGGCGCAAGGGUGACGGGUGUCGCAAGGGCGACCAGUGCGACAGGUGCCACAUUUGCACCUUGCAGGAGAUGAAGCGGCGCAAGCUCAAGUUGCAACGCCAGGCGCGGGCCCAAGCAGCCCGCGCGGCUGCCCGGCGGGGGCCGCAGGCUGGCCCAACGCCACUGCGAGCUGAGCCGUAAGCACGAUUGUUCUGGAACAGCCGUAUUGGGGGAA